UUACUAAUCAACCGUAGGCCCAGCUAGAAAUUAUGCAUUACAGCAUUUACCUGUCUUAUAAUUUGUGUUACACAAUAAACUUCCUGUUUACGUGUAGUUGAAUUAGGUUUUAGAAAGUCACGGGACAUUUCGCAGAAUUCCAACAUGAGUAUUAUCUCCACUGUGGCUGUGGCUGUGAGUAUGUAUACAUGGGUGCUGUGUUUGAUCAGCACCGUGUUGCCAUACUGGACUUACCAGAACCUGGGGCACACAAUUAUACAUGCAGGUCUAUGGCGCACUUGUACAGUGCAUGAUGGUACUUCAGACUGCAAGAAACCCUCUGAAGGUUGGAUUCAUGCGGUCCAAGCCUUGAUGAUAAUUAGCACGCUGGUAUUAUUUCUGUCCAUGGUAUGCGGAUGCCUGAAACUGAAAGAUGAAUCAAGACGCAAGGUUGCUAUUGUAGCCACGUUAUCUGCAGUGUUUGGUGGAUGUUUGGUUGCAGCAGCUGUUAUCGUAUUUGGAGAGAAAGACAAACACAACAGUUCUAAAUUUAGCGCUGGCUUCUGUCUGCCCAUCAUAACGGCAGUGACGGCAUUUAUAGCUGCUGUUCUGUUCGCUUUUUCAAGAAGGAACUCCGGAUACACUCCUCUCGCUCCAUAGCCUUAGAUGAAAGAAAACGCUACUGAAGCUUUAUUGAACAUUCUUGAUAGUACAAAAAAAUCAUAGUGCGUUUUUUUUUAUAAAUCUGUACAUUAUUAAAAGUCAAUAGCAAGACUUGUAGACUAGAAGCUAAAAUACAUAAAGCACAUCCAUUACUUCCGCUGCUCAAACAGGCUUCUACAAGACGCCAUUUGUAUUCGUUAAUUCUAUAUGUUUUUCUUAGCCAACAACUUUCACUAUAUGCCUGUCAAUAACCUCUUUUAGGUCACUAAUGGAAUGCUGUGAUAAUAGUUGUCUAGUUGCGUUAUGAAAUAAAAACAUUAGUUGCAUGGUGAUUUGUUAAUUGCGUUCACAUAAUUAGUGAGAAAGACAAAAUGCGAAUGUUGUAACUGUAUUUCCAUUUUAUACUUUUUUUGUGUCAUUUUCGUGUGGUUUGAUAAUAAACAAUAUACCAUAUAAAA